AUGCCCGCAUGUGGUGGUACCCUAGUAUUGGCCAUUGAGUUUAGGGCUAAUGAGAUAAACUCACUACGGUCUACAAAUUCUGAGCUAAUUUGGCCACUUAGGUUUUGGAAAAAAAAAAAAAAGUAA